AUGGCAGGGCGGGAUCCUGUGCCUUCGUCCUGCGACUGCUUCGUGGCACUGCCGCCACACACCGCAGUGAGUGCCCGCCUCUUCGGCAAGAAUGCCGAUCGGCCACGCCACGAGGUCCAGGAGGUUGUCUAUGUCCCCGCCGCCGUCCACCGCCCCGGGGACAAAGUCCAGUGCACCUACCUGGAGAUCGAGCAGGCGGAGAGGACCCACGCGGUGGUGCUGAGCCGUCCCGCCUGGCUGUGGGGUGCCGAGAUGGGUGCCAACGAGCACGGCGUCUGCGUGGGCAACGAGGGCGUCUGGACCCGUGAACCUGUGGGGGAGGAUGAGGCACUGCUGGGGGUGGACCUGGGCAGCCGCAACAUCUCCAACCAGCUGAGCAUCGGGAGGGACAUCACGGCUGAGCACGCGGGGCUGCGGCAGCGAGCCCGCAGCCAGGGCUGGUGGAGCGGGGAUGGCGAGUUCAGCUUCGCCGAGGUCUUCUCCCUGACGCACCAGCCCACCCGCAUGGAGGCUGCCAAGGCCCGCUACCGUGCCGGCAAGGAGCUGCUGCGGCAGCACGCAGGUCACAUCACGGCGGAGACGUUCAUGGCCAUCCUGCGGGACAAGGACAGCGGGAUCUGCGUGGACUCGGAGGGCUUCCGCACAGCAGGCAGCAUGGUGUCCGUGCUGCCCCGGGCCCCUGCCUUGCCCUGCGUCCACUUCUUCACAGCCACCCCUGAUCCCUCCAGGUCUGUCUUCAAACCCUUCAUCUUCGUGGCCGGCCUCAAGCAUGUGCCGCAGGUGAGAUCUCCCACCUUCCGUGAUGACCCCGCCAAGCAGAUCCCACGGUUCCAGAGCACGGUCGAUCGGCGGCAUGAGCUGUACCGCCGGCAUCAGGUGGCACUGGAGCUGAUGGAGAGGGACCAGGAACGGGGCCAGAAGCUGCUGCAGACACUGCGGGACCUGGAGAAGCAGGGCCUGGAGGGGAUGAAUGCGCUGCUGAGGGGGACGGUGGCCCCCAGCCCGGAGGAGCUGGCCGACCUCUUCUUCGACUGCGUGGAGGCAGAGAUGAAGUUUUACACAUAAACCCCGUGCAGGUG